UUGAAUACAUUACGAAAACAAGGAGAUUUAUACAGCAGUACAGAAACAAGCACAACACAUUUGAGAGGACAGGUUGAAAACAGACUGUCAGAAUUAAGGGACCUCAUAACAGAGCUAAGAACCCGACAAGACCAAGAGGCAAGUGAGCGACGAGCUCUGGAGCAGCAAGUUCAGCAAAAAGUCAGCACUUUGCAACAAAAUCUGGCAGACCAGGCACGCAAGCGAGAUGAAGCAAUGCAUGUUUUGGACAUGACACACAGGGAGAAGGAGCAUUCUUUAGAGAAUGAGAAACUGCGACUGCAGGGAAAACUCACAGAGACAGUUGAAGAAAUGAAUCAGCGGCUGCUAAACAAGGAGAUGAAGCUGAGGGAAGAACUUCAAGAGAAAUAUGUACAGUUGGAGAAGUUGAUAAUCUCAGAGCAACAAGUCAGACUCAAGUUUGAGUCAGCCAUGAGAGAGGAGAAUGAGAAAAGGUGGCACAGUUUGAAGAAAGUUAGUGAUGAAGAUGUCAACAUUAUCAAGGAAACUUUACAGUCUGAGAGACUAAAGAAUAAAGAGGCAAUUCAGAAAUUGGAUGAGUCAAUAGGUCUUAUUGAGCAACAACUUGCAGAACAGAAAAGACAGACAGAUAAAGUGGUAGCUGCAGAAAUUAAAUCUAGAAAACAGCAUGAGAAGGCCACCUAUGAGAAACUAGACCAUCUCAAUGAAAAGCUGUGUAUGGUAACUGCCUCACUACAGACAGCUAUUGGUGGAGUUUCUGGAAACUUCAGUGCUCACACAGAGAAGCUGAAGUCAGAAAUCAGGUCAACAUUGUCAGCUUCAGAAGAGGCCGCAGCCAGAAACAUGGCAGAGAUUGAGGUCAAGGUGCAGAGUUUGAAGCAGAAGAUUGCCGGAUUGGAACAGCACCUUGAUGGUCGGAUUUCUGAGGCAACAGCUAUUCUUGCUCAGAACCUGAGAGAGAAAGUGGAAUCCAUAGCAUUAUGGCAAGAUGUCACCAGUCAGACUAUCAGGGAACUCAAUCAGAGUAUACAGGAUCUACCUAAUGAUAUCUAUACACUUGAAGAAAAACAAAAACUGCUGAAAGCUGAGAUGGAUUCAAGAUUAACAACAGAAAUGGAUUCCAGGAUACGAGACUUUGAAGCUCUGAAGCAUGAAAUUUCCUUACUCAGGAAUCGUAGACAACCACAAGCAGCAAGUGUGGAAGAUUUGCAGGAGGUGCAGUCAUCUCUGAGAAAACUUGCAGAAUCUGUACAGACUGUGAAAACUGUGAUUGGAAUGAAGCUACAGUCUGAGCAGAAAAUGCGAGAGGAUGAUGUGAGAGAACUUCAAGAAGAGGUCGACAGAUUACGGAAAAAAAUGGAUCCAAAUGCGCUGAAUAAGAACUAUCCAAGGAAUUAUACCAACAAAAAUAAAACCGAUGACGAUGAUGAUGAUAUUGUAAAUCGUAGAGAAAAUAACAGAGGAGAGC